UUAUUCUGUGGCAUCUGACUGACGUUACUUUACAUUCAAUUAGUUUUUUUAUUCUCAACUUUCUCAGUCGGUCCGGUUCGUGCGCGUUGUUGCGCAUGAGUUUAAUGCGUGUUGCUAAAUGUUUUAUUUGGAAAUAAGUUUAUGAUACGUGGCUUAAAAAUAGUGCGAUUAUAAGAUGUACUUUUCAAUACGUUUGCUAUUAUGCACAGUGUUUGUAUUUUGUUUAUUGGAUCCCAAUACAGAAGCUAAAAGGAGUUUUGGUGGGGGAAGUAGAUCUUCGUAUCCGAGCUCUCGUGGUUUGUCGGGCUCCCAUUCGUCUCAUCGCUACCCGUCAGGUGGAGGACAUUCGUACCCAUCAUCUGGAGGUUUAUCUGGUGGAGGACAUUCAUACCCUUCGUCUGGCGGUUUAUCUGGUGGAGGACAUUCAUACCCUUCGUCUGGCGGUUUAUCUGGUGGAAGUCAUUCUUAUCCAUCAUCUGGUACCAAACCUCAAAGUCAUGGUUAUCCGUCUUCUGGAGGUAUAGCGGGACAAAGAGGAGGAAGCCAUUCAUAUCCAGGGUCAGGUGGCUUAUCUGGAUCAGGGUCUAGACCACAAAGUCACUAUCCAAGUUCAGGAAACACGCAUACAAGUUACAAUAGCCAUACAACCGUCCACCAUCACUACAACUACGCUCCACCACAACAAAUAAGGUAUACUAGUUCGUCGGGUGUAAUGACUUAUCCUGUGUAUCAUAGUCCACCUCCAACCUACGUCUAUCAGUACAGGGAUUCAGGAAGUAGAUAUGGCACUUUGUUGGCUGGCCUGGCCCUAUUCAAUCUUGGAGCUCUAGCUGGCGUUGCAGGCAGUGCUGCUUAUGCUCAUAGUCACGGAAGCGGCGGUUCACAAUACAAACCUCAACCAGGCGAAGUAUGUAAAUUUGGAUUGAAAAAGAACAAUGGUGACUAUGAAGAAACUAGGAUUGAUUGUCAGAUAAUAACAAGUUUCAUAUUGAGCAGCUCAGGAGACAAUCAAAAUAGUCCAACAAAUAAUGCAAACAAUACGACGGUUACGACUACGACAGUAACGAAUGUUACUACUGUGAACAGCAAUAACCCCGCUGUAGUACCGCUCACACCAAUGGGAGGGGAUGUCAUGUUACCGAACGGUACAUUGGUACCUGUUAACAACACAUCAACUUCCUCGGUGACGGUGACGACGACCACCACCAAUACGACUACAAUAACUAACGCUUUGGACGUGAAAGGAGACCCAAUCCAAGUGACAUCUGGCAUGAAGUGCUACGUCAUACGGAUCACACCUGUCAACAAUAUGAAGAAAACAAUAGACUGCGGCGUUCUGCAAGCGUACGCAGAACAAUCAUUGAAACGCAAUUCAGCACUGCGAAAUAUUCCUAGUGUAACUGUGUUGGCCACUUUUAUUAUAGCUUUUAUUGUUUAUUGAAACUGUUAAUAUUCUUAGGUAUAUUAAGAAGGUGUAAAUAACCAGUGUUAAUGUACAUACAAUACAAAUAAAAUUAUACCAUAUACAAUACAUCUGUCAAUGACACAGUCCAUGUAACAUAGGUCAAUAAAAAAGGUAAGGUAAUACAGUAAUA